CACACGCUCCCGUCCCAAGCUCCAUCAAAUGCUGCUUGCUCAACUCCCCGCUCCUCACACAAACAAUUGAAGUCAUUUCCAGUUCGUCUCUAACGCGAUCCUACAGGUGUUUUAAUGUCCCGUCGAGAAAAGCUUUCAGCGCAAUGGAGUUACCCCACAGACAGUAUUUGGGACGAGUCCUGAUUGUCACUGCAGCGCUUCUGUCACCUGCGUUCACGGUAUUGGGCAAUGACAUCCUUGGCCUGAAGGUGGCAGGAGAGCCAGUUCUUACCCCCAACGCAGUGUGUUUACGACUGGCAGGCCUGACCAAAAAACAGAUGCGUUUGUGUGUGCGCAGCCCUGAUGUCACAGCCUCUGCUCUGCAGGGCAUUCAGGUUGCUAUUCCAUGCCAACACCAGCUCAGAGACCAGCGCUGGAACUGCUCCUCCCUGGAGAACCAUGGCAAGGAGCCCCAUCAGAGUGCCAUUCUCAACAUGGGUUUCCGAGAGAGUGCCUUCUCGCUGUCCUUGGUGGCUGCAGGUGUCGUGCAUUCAGUGGCUUCGGCCUGCAGCCUCGGUAAAUUGCGCGGCUGUGGCUGCGAGGCUAAACGUCGCCAGGAUGAUGACAAAAUCCGGCUCAAGUUAACCCAGCUCCAGACUUUUCAGAGGAGUGGAGUGUCCAUAGCAGGUGCAGGAGAGAACACACAUGAGUUUGGUUCACUUCACGGCAGCCUGCCGGCCAAUCUGCACUCGUCCCACCCCAUCAGUCUCCUCAAACCCCUGCCGGAUGAGGUCACGACGCUGCAGGACACCUGGGAGUGGGGAGGAUGUAGUCACGAUGUCCGUCUUGGUGUACGGUUCUCUUGGGAUUGGUUGGAUUCUAGAGGAUCCCCCCGUGACAUACAUGCUCGUAUGCGGAUUCAUAAUAAUAGAGUGGGCAGACAGGUAGUUACUGACAACAUGAGAAGAAAGUGCAAGUGUCAUGGCACAUCAGGCAGCUGCCAGUUCAAGACCUGGUGGUAUGUUUCUCCUGAAUUCCGGCUUGUUGGUUCACUGCUACGGGAGAAAUUUCUGACUGCCAUCUUCAUAAACUCUCAGAACAAGAACAGCGGAGGAUUCAACUCUCGAACUGGUGAGAGCAGCAGCUCAGAUCAGCUCAGAGCCCGGCGGAGGAACAUUUCCCGUGAGUUAGUGUACUUUGAGAAGUCGCCCGACUUCUGUGAUAGGGAGCCAGCAGUGGAUUCACAGGGGACACAGGGUCGCAUCUGCAACAAGAGCAGCCCCAGCAUGGACGGUUGUGGGUCGCUAUGCUGUGGCCGCGGACACAACAUCCUCAAACAGGCACGCAGCGAACACACCGUUCGCUUCCACUGGUGCUGCUAUGUGCUCUGUGAGGAGUGCAGGGUUACAGAGUGGGUUAAUGUGUGCAAAUAAACCAACCCACCUUGAUCCAAAUCCUCAUUUCUUUUUUGGACCGAGAGACAACAAGUGUGUUUUGCUCUCACACAGUGUGCCUGUUUCUCCAUUUCUCUCUUUUCUUUAACCUUCAUCAUCUGGGAUCCAUUUGCAUUGUGUUGCUGUUGUUAUUCUCAAAAUGCCAAGUCAGAGAUUGAGGAGGAGGUGACUCAUGUCAUUUGUCUUUUUUUCCUAACUUUGAAUCUUCAGCCUCCAAAACCAAGCAAAUGGCCCGAACCCCAUCUGCACUCCUCCAAAUAACAGCAGGAACAAAUUAUUCCUGUGAAAUAUAGGCACUGCUACAGUCUACCUUUUUUUUUACAUUUAAAAUGUGCACUUAAUGUAUAUUCCUUACCUUGGCAAAAUGUUUGAGACAUUAUUCUUGAUGGCGAAAUACCAUCAAGAAUCUGAAACACUGUGUUUUGCAGUAUUACAAUCUUUGCCCACAUGGAUCAUGAAGAAUCAAUGGCUGUGAUGAUUGAAGGGAACAUCUCAGUGCCUUUUAUGAGGUUUCUUAAGAUAGGAAAACUCUCCCAAGUCUGGAGCGAAUCUUGGCCAUCAACUGAGAAUGUGCCUAGCAUAGGGGUCUGAGAUUAUUUGGUUUUUAUGAAAACCAGGACAAUUGUGAAGUUGAUAUGCUGUGUAACCCCAUCCUAACCCAGAGACAGACUAAUCAGAAAACGGAGAUGGAUAGAGUGAAGGAACGACUGGAGAACACUUGUGCCUCCUAUAGAUUUUUUGCAGCUGAUUAAAAACAGUCACAUCUCAUCUAAUACUGCUGAACAAUAUUGGAUGCCAGAUGCCUUUGAUACAUUCAUACUCUCAAGUCUUGAGUUCAGCUAUAUU